UCCUCCUCCUCCUCCUCUUCCUCCUUCCCGUUGUCACUCACGGCUGGAGAAACACGCGUUUCAUCCACCGGCCUGGUCUCGCUCCGAAAAGACAAAAAAAACGAAGCACAACAUGAGCGCCGUCGACUUUCUGGCCCAGGAGAAGAUCUGGUUCGACAAACCUCGCUAUGACGAGGCAGAGAGACGCUUCUAUGAGCGCAUGAACGGCCCCUCACAACCAACACAGGAUGUUGGAGCUAACACCAUUUUGCAAGACAUUGCACGGGCCCGAGAAAACAUCCAGAAAUCUCUUGCAGGACUGAAGACUACACUGUGUAAGAGAGGAACUGGUCAACCUCCCAUAAGCCAACACUCCCAGCUUAGCACCAGCAGCAGCAGCGCCGCUGAUCAAGGAGAAAUCAUCUCUCGCAUCAAGAGCCUAGAGCUGGAGAACCAAAGCUUACACAAAGUGGUGGAUAACUUAAGGGCAGCGCUUUCCAAACUGGAAUGUCGGGUAGCGGUUCUGGAGAAAUCUCCUGCAGCUGUGACCUCGGCUCCCGCCCAUUCUGUCCCUUACACAAAUGGCACUACCGUCCAGCAGAAAACCAGUGCCCCAGUUAAGGAGGAGGAGGAGGAGGACGACGACGAUGACAUUGAUCUGUUUGGUAGUGAUGAAGACGAAGAGGCAGAUAAACUGAAAGAGCAGAGAUUGAAAGAGUACACAGAGAAGAAGGCCAAGAAACCCACCAUCAUCGCCAAGUCCUCCAUCUUAUUGGAUGUCAAACCUUGGGAUGAUGAAACAGACAUGGCGAAGCUGGAGGAGUGUGUGCGCUCAGUUCAGGCUGACGGUCUGUUAUGGGGCACAUCCAAGCUGGUUCCUGUGGGUUACGGCAUCAAGAAGCUCCAGAUUGCAUGUGUGGUGGAGGACGACAAGGUGGGAACAGACUUGCUUGAGGAGGAGAUCACCAAGUUUGAAGACUAUGUCCAGAGUGUCGAUGUAGCAGCCUUUAACAAGAUCUGAUCCUAGUGUGUCUGUUUCUGUCUUUCGUCACGCCUUGUUUCUCUGCUGAUUAUGUCAACGGUUAAUAAUAAUAAUAAAAUCCAACUCUAGCACUGAA